AAAAACGCGGUCAAGCACAGGUUGUUUACAAAGGAAUAAAGAUAGAGUCUUAUUUUGGAAAUAAUUGAGCGUUUCCGGAAUUGUCUUAGCAUGCUAGUUCAGGAGAAGCAAAUAUGCGAAUCGAGUAGCUCAGAUAAGAUUUUUUUUUCGGGAAGCAUCCAGCGAAAAAAUGUAUCUCAAUGGUUCCUGCUGACGCACUCCAAUACUCUGCACAAAGUUAACAGUGGCACCAGAAAGAAGGUGGAGACACAUGUGGAUGCUGGUGUGAAGCUGUGGAAGCGGGUGGAGCUGCUGCUGCUGCUGCUGCUACUGCCGCCACAGCCAGGUGAUCAUUCAUCAUGAAACCAGUCACUUGCCAGAGCUUCCCUUCCACAAAGACUGGACAACCACAUGGCUACUUGGUUCGUACGCCCAGAUUUCUCGACACGAUGCAUUGCAGCAAGUGUGGAUUUGCUACGUCGGACAUGGACCUCUUCAAGAGGCACAUGCUUGACCACAUGGGGUCCAAACUGUUCUGUUUUUACUGCCACAAGGCUGUAUUAAGCAAGGCCGAACUCUACGCACACCUGGAGGAACACAGCAAAUCAACCUUCACAUGUCCGCACUGUGGACAGCAAUACCUGCGGAAGGUUAGCCUUUUACAACACAUUGCGUGUGUGCAUAAUAAAAACAUCAGUCAGGCACCCAAAAAGGUUGGCGAUAGCAAGGAUCCCCAGGCCUCCAAUGCUUUGCUAUUUGUGCAGAGUGCCGAGCACUCAACACGGCCACCAGUUCAAGUGAAUGUCCCAUCCCAUAGCACGCCCACUGGCAGUCUCGUUAAAGACGGGCAAAAAUCAAGAACAAUGAACACAAUGCUUCCCAUUUGUUCAAAUGGUGUUCCAGAUAGUUUCAUUCAUCACAACAGGGCAUUAACAGUGUCAUUGCCAGAGGAAGUAAGUAUCCCUGUUGGGUGUAUGGUUGAAUUUGUGGAAGUAAAAACAGUCAAUGGGUCAAAGGAGCUAAAGCUGAGACUAGUGUCAAAACAAGAAAACGAUUCAGAAGUGAAAGAUACGAGAACAACAGUUCAACAGAAUGUCAUGGUGGGCAAGACUUUAGCGUCCAAAUUAAAUCACCCAAGCGCAGUAAAGUCGACAAAUAUGGGAAUGUGCAAUGAGAACCGGAAGCAGUUGGAAACAAAGCCGGUGGGUCAGCAACGCGCUGCUGGCAAACCAUUCAACACGUCUAAAAGCCUUGUCUCAGGUCAAGCAAGCCAAGCAAAGGUCACACUGAAAAGGACGCCACAGGAAGUUAUUAACUUAGACAGUCCGACCAAGGUUUCCAAAACUGUCUACACUGUGAGAGAGCGCAAUGAAAUUGUAUCCAAGCAACAUGAACCUGUUCAUAAUCAAGCCAAAGCGACCAAUGCUCUCUUGAACCGUGAGACCAGAAUUCUGACGCGUGUCUUACAGCCAGUAUUAACGGGAUCAUGUGCAUCGCAACAAAGAACUGAUGAAAGGCUCAGUAUUCCAGAUAAGUGCAAGAGUAUUCCCCCGUCAAAGGCAGUUUUGUUCCGAGACACAUCGACCAGCGUUGUUUGCCUCAAUGAUAACGCUGGCUCCAAAGUCAAGGAAACUCUGAAGGUCAUGAACACUCCAGCGGGUGUCAACCAGCCAAGUCACAAGUCCACCUCCUCCAAUGUUCGUUCAGAUGCAGAUAUCCGAGUGUUGCGUGCAGAGGUCGGUCUUUGCCAGGAGAGCGCUACUCCUCGUUCGCCUUUUCCCGGUUCCGUCACAGUGCAGAAGACGGCCUGUGUGACCCCAUCGGUCGAAGAACCUGUAGUGCCAUGCCGCUCCAAGUCAGACAAUGCAGCUUGGCCUCAAGGUGUCUGCCCGAGCAAGUGUGCAUCUGAAAGAGAUACGCCUAAGCCCGAGGGUUUCCCGAUCAUCUCCUCCGUGUUUUCCCUGAGCGAAGGAGACGACGAGGGCGCCAUGAAGCCACUGGUCAUGGCACUGCGGGGCAUCGUGAUGGACAAAAGCAACACCGCCGAGAAGUUGAGCCCAGAUGUGAAUUGUGAAGCUCGGUUAGAGACGAACCGGACGUGUGGCUCUGUCAAAGUCGAAGUUGCCCAACAACAGCCGUCCGUCCCGGUGCUGAAUGACAGCAACGUUGAUGUCAAGCUGGAGAAAACCAACUCGACACAGACGGACAAUCCUGGCUGCAAUCCCAACUUGAAAUCCGAAAAUGAAGAGCUUGUUCCUGACAACUCAUCGAAUGCGGACGCUUUUGCUACUGUAAAUGGCCAGUAUGACCUCUCCAAAUUCUUGACCGUCUCGUUGACAAGAGUGGACGAACGUGGCGUGUGGAUGAACAGCGGCAACGAAUCGGAACCCUCGGCACUUCAAGAGGACGUUCCGAUCGUCGCGCGCGACACCGGCCACUUGAUGCCACUCAAGGCAGAACAGCCGGUGACGUUGCCGGGCCCGAACCAGCCCGUGGUCGUGCUCAAUCACCCGAAGCCUCGGGUCCCAAUACAAGAAACGGUCCACGCUGUGGCAAACACUGGAAUCCCGGAAAAGGCCCCAAAGUGCCAGAUAUUAAAGAUGAGGCUGGGCAAAGUGAUGGGGCAGAAAUAUGAGGUCACUGGCUGCACUGUCAGGUUCUCCCAGUGAGGUGCUUCUCAUCAAUUUCGGAGCGACGUACUCUUGUCACGAUCAUGUCAUGUUUUCUCCACUCAAGAUCCUGUUGGAGUUCUCCGCCUGCCGUGACUUGUACUGUGAUGACCAAAAUGUCAGGAAAGGUCUGUGAGAACAACUGGGUGUGAACACUUUUGCAACCAAAUUUUGUUAUUACUUAUCCCCCAAAAAGCUUCCACAUAUGUUUCCAGUGGGGUUCUGCAGGUUGUAGGUCACAUGUCUGAAACGGUCCUUGAACUUGGUCUCAUUGUUGUAUUACAAAAAUAAGAAAGCUUUUAUCUUAGCUGUUUCCUUGUAAACUGUACAUAUGUGGAAAGUGUGACAAUUUGAAGAUAUUCUACAUGACAAUGUAUGAUCCGAAAAACAAAUGAUUUUUGUUUGCUUUGUUUGUUUGCCAAUUUCUGCCGAAAUGUUUCAGCAACAACGGAGCAUGUAACUGAUGGGGAAAGUAGCAACGAGCAGUACAAAUAGAGAUUAUUCCGAGUCUUCUGUAGCAGCAGUUAUAAAUUAAAUAAACCGUUUGUUUAGAGUGAACAGAUUUGGCAAAGUAAUACAUGAUGACAGCUAUCCAUGUGCUAAGUUGAUCACAAAGUAAUCUUUUUUACAUGCUGUUCUAUUGAAGUUUUUGCUACUGAGUUGCGUUUGGGGCGAUUCGGAACCUUGCUCAAGUGCUUAUCUGCAAAAUUCAAUUCCCGCUCUUUGAAAAUGCAGGCCCUAUUUGAGAGGCUGUGCUGCAGCAUGUCAUGUGCAAACGAUUCUAAACAAAGAUCCUGCCAGAGUUGUUACUUUUCAAACACGUCUGGCCCUUCUCAUCAUGUUUGCACAUUUAAGGUAAACAUUACCCACCAUUUACAUCAAGAAAAACCGUCAUACAGCACAUCGAGUGUGUUUUGAGCCUUCACGAACAACAGUAUGCUGCAAGCACAUACAAUUCAGUAGGCUAAUUGCCUGCUGGAAAUUUUUAAUGGCUUACUUGGAGGGAAAUAUUUAAAAGUUGUUUUCCAUAGCAUUCGUAAGGGAACAUGCUUUUUUUGUUGUUCCAUCCUAAUAUGUUUGGGAGACGAUUUUCCUCUCUGCAAAUUGAAAGUUGGCCUUCAUUCUUACCCUAUGCUCAUCCAUCCAUUUUCUGUACCGCUUCCCCCCAUGGGGGCCGCGGGCGUGCUGGACUUAGCAGGCAGUAAGCGGGGGACACCCUCAACUGGUUGCCAGCCAAUCGUAGCCUCUGAUCAUCUGUUUUAAUUAUCUUCACAAAUGACAUUAUUUGUAAAUGUUGUAAAUAAAAAA